AUGAUCUACAGCGAGGGGCUCAAGUCGCAGCACCUCGCGCACGCGGUCUCGAAGGACGACCUGAUCUCGUGGCAGCGGCGGGGCGCCCUCUCGGUGGGCGAGGCGCGCUGGACGGCGGGCCGGUACGGCGCUCCCUUCGUCUGGGCCGAGGGCGACUGCUGGUGGAUGGCACUGAUGGGCGAGGCGGAGACGCAGACGCACCAGUCCGCGAUCGGCCUGCUGCACUCGAGCGACGGCGUGCACUGGCAGCUUUUGCCGGAGGCCGCCGGCGUCGAGAUGGGCCUCCCGCUCCGCCGCUCCGGCGUCGCGAGGAGGGGAGGCGACGGUGCCGACGGCGAGAGAGAGGCGGAGGGUUGA